AUGAGAUUGAAAAUCGCGCUAGGGUCAGCUAAAGGUCUCAUGUAUCUACACAAUGAAGUUGAUCCUCCCAUAUUUCAUCGGGAUGUCAAGGCCAGCAACAUAUUAUUGGACUCAAAGCUCGCUGCAAAAGUGGCAGAUUUUGGACUUUCAUGGCUUGCCCCAGUUCCAGAUAUGGAAGGCAUUGUUCCUGGUCAUGUAUCUACAGUGGUAAAAGGGACACCGGGUUACCUUGAUCCGAAGUACUUCUUAACUCACAAGUUGACCGACAAGAGUGAUGUUUACAGUCUCGGUGUUGUGUUUCUUGAACUUUUGACCCGAAUGCAUCCUAUCUCACAUGGCAAAAAUAUUGUUAGAGAGGUCAUUCUUUCAUACCAAGCUGGCGUAAUAUUUUCAAUCAUCGACGAGCGAAUGGGGUCAGUAACAAUACUGAUGUGGGAUGUUGAUGCAAUUAUGUGCAUUUCUUGGAGCAGUUGUCCCGAAUUGGCUUAA